AAAAACCCACUCCACCAGAGACUGGGAAGUGGGAGCAAGCAGAGUUGGGAUCUGAGCGGUGUGAAUCUCGCUGUGGCAGCGGGGUGAAGGAGGUUCUGGUUCUGCGCUCAGUCGGAACCGCGCAGCGCGCUGGAAUGAGUGAGAGGAGCAGACAGCAGCUCUCCCUCUCUCAGCCACCUGGAAGUUUAGGGCCGCCUUCAAACUUUCGUCGGGGCUGCUCGCUCUGAGCUCAGUGUAGCUGGUCCGUUUGGUUCCUCCAUGGUCCUGCCUGGUUCUGGUCCAACCAGGUGAACUGCUGAAGCCGUCCGGGCUGCGGGGAGCUGCGUGGAGCUGCGGGGCUGGGCUACCUGUGCGCAUACGGAGACUCCACUCUCUGUUUGACUCGACUGAGUUUUACGCGCUUCUGCUUUAAUCGGAGGAACCGCACUGGGAUCCAUUAGGACGGUCAUGGAGCUACAGACAGGGGCUGGAAGCCUGCGGAGGGACGGCGGGGUGACCUCCAGGGUGACCCGGAGAGGAAAAGCUCCUCUAUGCGCUGCUGGACUCAUCCUCUGCUUCCAAGUUCUGUCCAUUCAGGCCAUUUCAUUCCAGUUCACCAAGGAGCCCAAGUCCCAGGAUGCUUUGCACGGCCGCAGCGCCAUGCUGCGCUGUGAAGUCAGCGAUCCCGCCAACAUCACGUACAUUUGGUAUAAAGACGACAGCCGUCUGAAAAACACAGAGAGGCGCUUUCAAGAGGGGAGCAACCUUAAGUUCAUCUCGGUGGAUCGACAGCUGGAUGCAGGAAACUUCAGCUGCCGGGCGUCAAAUUCUGCUACUGGAGAACUUCUGUUGUCCACCACGGCCUCCUUCAAUAUUAAAUGGCUGGAAAGCGGUGGUGUGACUUUGAAGGAGCCGGUUUCUGAUGGGGAAAUUGAGAGCUCUACCACGGUCACAUUACGCUGCCACAUCGAUGGACACCCACGGCCGACCUGCCAGUGGUUCAAAGAUGGAGUGAAGCUGACUGAAAGCAGCCAUCAGAUCAACAACAAAGAGAGAACUCUGACCAUUCAGAGCGCCGGUCUGGACGACAGCGGCCUUUACUACUGCUGUGCCAAAAACGCAGCUGGACACGUCUGCAGCAACCACAACUUCACCCUCACCAUCAUAGACAGUAGCAUCCCGAGGGCGGUGGUCACCCCCGAGGACCAGGUGGUUUUGAGGAACGAGGAGGCCAUGUUCCACUGUCAGUUUACCGCCGAGCCCGUACCCACGCUGGAGUGGUACCAUGGAAACGAGCUGCUGAUUAACAAGUCCCGGGUGUUCCUGCUGUCCAAUGGGAGUUUGCUGAUCACACAAGUCAAGCCCAGGAACGUAGGAGACUACAAGUGUGUUGGCCGUGGCAUCACAGGAUCUAAGGUCACUCUGACGGCUUCUCUCCUAAUAGCCGAAAUCGGAGACAUGUCGCCAAAGAUGUCGAAGGUGUUCGUCGCCGACACCGUUCAGCGAGUAAACUGUCACCCCCCACGAGGGAAGCCUGAACCCGAGGUUUGGUGGGAGAGGGAAGGUCAGAAGGUGCCUGAGGAGGGCCGGGUGCACCAGGAGGGCCAGGAUUUGGUCUUCAGUCCGACGGAAGAGGGAGAUUCAGGCGUCUAUACCUGUGUGGCCCAAAACAAGGCCGGGCGUAGGAUCAAGAACGUCACGUUUACCGUAGCUACUGCCCCAGUGUGGGUGUCUAAACCUCAGGACAGCAGUUUGGAAGAAGGUAAACCAGGUUACCUGCACUGUUAUGCUCAGGCCAACCCUGAACCUGAGGUCACCUGGUUCCGCAGCAGCUUAAUCAUUGCGCCAGAGGACACUCGUUUUAAAUUGUUUCCUAAUGGCACCCUGAGAAUCAACAACGUGGAGGUCUACGACGCUCACAUGUACGGCUGUGAAACCAAGAACCUAGGCGGCAGACUGAGUGGCUUAGCUAAAGUCACGGUGCUUGAGAAGCUGAAGUUCACACCCACCCCCCAGCCUUCCCAGUGCCUGGAGCUGGAUAAGGAGAUCAUCAUCCAGUGCUCCGCCAAGGGCAAAGAGGUCCCCACAAUCCGCUGGACCAAAGCAGAUGGAGGAGAGCUACCCCCGCACCUGGAUCAGAGGAACGGCCAGCUCCGCUUCGCCAAAGUCACUCGUAGCGACGCUGGCAACUACACCUGCAUUGCCUCCAACAGCCUGCAGGGGGAGAUCAGAGCCCUGGUCACCCUCACUGUGGCAGUGUAUGUUCGCUUCAAGGUGGAGCCAGAGAACACCACUGUCUACCAGGGACACACUGCUGUUUUGCACUGCCAGGCCAGCGGGGACCCCGAGCCUCACAUCCACUGGAUGGUGAAAGACAAGACCCUGGAUAUCACUAAGAACGGCAGAAUCCAGAAGAUGCCCAACGGCUCGCUGAUAAUAAGAGAAAUCACCACUGAGGACACGGGUCGCUACACAUGUGUGGCUGGGAACAGCUGCAGCAUCAAAGACCGUGUGGCUCAGCUCUACGUAGUGGACAAAUUAUUUCCCCUCCAUCACGAGGACAACGACGAUGACAAGGCUGCUUAUAAGAUGAUCCAAACCAUCGGGUUGUCCGUGGGGGCGGCGGUGGCCUACAUCAUUGUGGUGCUGGGACUCAUGUUCUACUGCAAAAAGAGACGCAACGCCAAGAGACUGCAGAAGAACCAGGAUGGAGAGGAGCCUGAGAUGGAGUGUCUUAAUGGAGGUGCUGUUCAGCAGAAUGGCCACACCACGGCUGAGAUCCAGGAGGAAGUGGCGCUCACCAGUGUGGGUACCGUCACCGCAACCGAGAAGCGGCACAGCCACGCCAGCGAUAAGCUCCACUUCCCUCGUGCAAACCUCCAAACCAUCACAACGCUUGGUAAAGGCGAGUUCGGCGAGGUGCUGCUGUCCAAAGCUAAAGGCAUUGAAGAAAGUGACGCUGAGACGGUGGUUCUGGUGAAGUGUCUGCAGUCCAGAGACGAGCAGCUGCAGAGCGACUUCAGACGUGAAGCUGAAAUGUUCGGCAAGCUGAACCACCCUAAUGUGGUUCGCCUGCUGGGCGUCUGCAGAGAGGCUGAGCCGCACUACAUGAUCCUGGAGUACUAUGACCUGGGUGAUCUAAAGCAGUUCCUAAAAAUAUCAAAAAGCAAAGACGAUAAAGCGAAGCCUCAGACAAUCAGCACCAAGACCAAGGUGUCCCUCUGUGCCCAGGUGGCUCGCGGCAUGGAGCAUCUGUCCAAUCACCGCUUUGUUCACAAGGACCUGGCUGCCAGAAACUGUCUGAUCAACAGUCAGAGGCGGGUCAAAGUGUCUUCGCUCAGCCUGAGCAAGGACGUCUACAACAGUGAGUACUACCACUACAGGCAGGCGUGGAUCCCUUUGCGCUGGCUGCCAACAGAGUCUGUGUUCGAGGAUGAAUACUCCACCAAGUCGGACGUGUGGGCCUUCGGAGUGCUGAUGUGGGAGGUUUUCAGUCUGGGUGAAAUGCCGCACAGCAAACUGAGUGACGACGAGGUCCUGGAAGGUCUGAAGAUGGGAAAACUGAAGCUUCCUGCUCCGGAUGGAUGCCCCUCUAAAAUCUACAAGCUCAUGGUCCGCUGCUGGAUGCCGAGCCUCAAAGAGCGCCCCUCUUUCACCGACAUCGUCCACGCCCUGGGAGAUCAGCCCUCUGACAGCAAAGUCUGAGAGGAUCUUCUGCCACCACAGGAGGGAAAAAGAACUUUGAACCAUUCUUCCCUCUGAAGUAUACAUGCUGGAUUACUAGUCUCACUCAUUUCAGGGACGAGGGUUGAAGAGAGAACACGUUUUUUAAAUUUCACUUGAUGGUGUGAACUUGACUUAAAGUCUGAGACUGCAGCUGCUCAGACCUCAGUGCCUCAACACCAUUUUAUAAUCUCACCUUAGCUCUCUGCUGCCACCCUGUGGGGGUGGUAGGAACAGCGCUCUGCUCCGAUCGGUGCGGAUGUCUCCUGAAACUAAGAUGGUCUGUGGAAUGAGAUCUGGCUCUAUCAAUUUAAGAUUAUUCAUCUUAAGAGGUUUCCUACACAGGCUGGAGAAAUACUUAUAUUUCAAGACUUCAUUUCUGCUGUCUGGAUGCAUCCUUCUGUCCCCCCUUAUCUGUGUCUUUCCUUCCUAAUUUGCCUAUAUCUUUUUUUUUCUUUCUUAAUUGUUCCUUUCCUUACUUCAUGUCCUAUUGUUCUUCCUUGUGCCCUCAGUUCAAAUUUUCUGUCUAAUCUUUCCUUGUUUCCUCAUUUUCCAGGUUUAUUUCUCCUUCAGUAUUUCUCUCUUUCCAUGUCUUCCUUUGUUUCAUCCUAAUUUCUUUCCUCUACAUUAAUUUCUUCCUUCUGUCCCAUCAUCUUUGUCCUUCCUCCAUUCUUCCCUGGCGCUCUUUGCUCUUUCCUUCAAACCUGUGUUCAUCCCUUGCCUCCUUAUCUCCUCCCACAGUUCUUCCUUAUUCCCUCAUCCUUCCCUCCUGUCUUUUUGUCCUCGCUUCAUUCUUACCUUCCUUUCCUACCGUCCAGUUUAAAUCCUGCCCUACUCUAUAAAUAUCCGCCAUAAGUUCAAAAUGAAUGUUUUUCAUAUUUUAAAAUAACCUCAAAGGAGUUAGGAAGGCUCGGUCUUGGAAAGUUUUUUUCAGAAAUCACGUGUAGGAUUCCUGUCCUCAAUAUUUGCUCCUUCAACCUUUGAGUGGACUUGUACUAAUGCCAAACUCUUUCAAAAACAUGCGGCUGAAAGAAGAGACCUAAAAAGGUUUUGCAUGAAGGUUCACAAUCUGUUACACUUCUGAUAUAAAACAUAAUCUGGUUAUACUUCAGGAAUAAAUUGUAAAAAAAAGUUUUUUUCUAGCCAAGAAUUUAUAUUGAAAGGAUAAGUGAAUAUUGUGUUAACUUCAAGGUGCUUAUUUUGUCACAGUUGUAGGGAUUAAACCUAUCUCCAUGUUAAUUGUGCAACAGAACAUCAAUAGAGGUCCAAUCACAUUUUUAAAAUCUUCGACCAUCAGACAAAGUGUACAUAAUGUAGAAGCCAUGCACUAACUUCACUUAAAAAUACCCCCUUUCUCUGUAUAGAAGGAUGCACAGGUACCUGUUUAUUUAUGAUGAAGGUCCUGUUUUUUGUUUUGUUUUUUACUGUUUGUAAUUGGUACUUAACUUUACUAUGCUGUUUUUUAUGUUACCUGCUCCAUCUCAGUAUGUAUUCAGUCUGCAUCCUAACUGAAUAUCCUAACAGUCGGUAUAAGGAGGUCAAAAACGUGGCUACAGAUCGCCUGGACUCAUCUAAGUGCCUAGUAAAUGAAGGAUUAUCCUAACAUUACCCCUUUUUUACAUUAUCUAAUCAAAGGCAAAGACGUUUAUCAGCUUGUUUUUUUUUUAUCUUUUUGGUGUAAUUUGUUUUUUUGUUUUUAUAAAUGCUAGGCACUCAGACCUAGACCUCCUUUUUUAUUCGUCUUUCUUUUUUUUUCUUUUUUUUAUCAGCUUGAGCAAAUGUUAACCCUAAUCAGAUAUAUUCAGAACUAUACAUGCUGCUGUCAAUAAAGGUUCACAGUGUUUUUAAUAA